GAGUGAUUAUUAAUCUAUCAAGGACAACACAAAAAAAAAUAUAUUAAUUUGAGUUUUUUAUUAUACCAUAUAUUUAAACUUUUUUUGUUUGUUUUUUUUUUUUUUUUGUUCUUAAUAAACAAUGCUGCCACGUUAAUUUUUGAUUAGAUGUAAUCAAAAAAAAAUAAAUAUUUUUUUCAUUUAUUUAUUUAUUUUUUUAUCUCAUAUCAAAGUGCAUGUGUGUAUGUGUUGUUUAUGUGUGUGUGUGUCAUGAACAAAAUGGCCGACAUGAUGAUAAUAAUAGUAUAAUAAUGUGAAUCAUCCCAAAAAAAAAAAAAAAAUAAAUAAAAUGACAAACUAGUUUUGUCAAUAAAAAAAAAAAAAAAAAGAGAGACGAAAAAAAAAAAAAUACACAUACACAAUUAAAACGAGGGAGAAAGAAAUAUUUUAUAUAAAUAAAUUAGAGUGUUGUUAAUUGAGUUGUAUUUUGUAAUGAUAUUUAAGUGAUUAAAAAAUCCAUUUUUAACAGUGCUAAUUUAAAUGUAAAAUUGUCUUCGUUUUACACACAGUGACACAACCUCAAUUUUAAGCUGAGAGAGAGAAAAAAAAAAAAAAAAGAAAAUAAACCAUUCUUGGAGUAACAUGAUAACUUGAUAUUUUUUUAAAAAUAAAAAUAUAAAAUUCAUUCAAAUAAUAUAAAAAAUUAAAUGUUAUUAAUUAUUUUGAAAUUGCUUAUGAUUGAUAAUUAAUUAAUAAUGGCUAAUACGGGUGUUUUACCAUUUGUUCGUGGAGUUGAUUUUAGCAGCAAUGAUUUUGGAGGUGAUAAAUUUCCUCCAUCAGUUAGAUUAAUGACUGGUAUACAAUGGCUAAAAUUGGAUAAAACAAAUUUAACUGAAAUACCAGAAGAAAUGGGAAAGCUGUUAAAACUGGAACAUUUAUCACUUGUUAAAAAUAAUUUAGAACGUCUUUAUGGUGAAUUAACAGAAUUAAAUUGUUUACGUACAUUAAAUAUACGUCAUAAUAAUAUAAAAACAAGUGGUAUACCAGCUGAAUUAUUUCAUCUUGAAGAAUUAACAACACUUGAUUUGAGUCAUAAUAAUUUAAAAGAAAUACCAGAUGGUCUUGAACGUGCACGUUCAUUACUUAAUUUAAAUAUUAGUUAUAAUAAUAUUAAAACAAUACCAAAUACAUUAUUUAUACAUUUAACUGAUUUAUUAUUUUUGGAUUUAAGUAAUAAUCAAUUAGAAUCAUUACCACCACAAACACGUCGUUUAUUAAAUUUACAAACAUUAAUAUUAAAUAAUAAUCCACUUGGACAUUUUCAAUUACGUCAAUUACCAUCAUUAAUGAAUUUAACAACAUUACAAAUGCGUAAUACACAACGUACUGCAAAUAACAUUCCAUCAAGUCUUGAUAGUUUAACAAAUUUACAAGAACUUGAUUUAUCUGAAAAUUCAUUAAUACGUGUACCAGAUGCAUUAUAUUCAUUACAAAAUUUACGUCGUUUAAAUUUAAGUAAUAAUUUAAUAACUGAAUUAUCAACAACAAUUGAUAUGUGGCAAAAAUUAGAAACACUUAAUUUAUGUAGAAAUAAAUUAAAAUUAUUACCAACAACAAUAUGUAAAUUAACAACAUUACGUAAUUUAUAUUUAAAUGAUAAUGAAUUAGAUUUUGAUGGUAUACCAUCUGGUAUUGGUAAAUUAUCAUCAUUAACAAUAUUUUCAGCAGCUAAAAAUCAUUUAGAAAUGAUACCAGAAGGUUUAUGUCGUUGUGGUUCAUUAAAAAAAUUAAUAUUAUCAUCAAAUUAUUUAAUAACAGUACCAGAUGCAAUACAUUUAUUAAAUGAUUUAGAUACACUUGAUUUACGUGAUAAUCCAAAUUUAAUAAUGCCACCAAAACCAAUUGAAAUACAACGUGGUUCUGGUAUUGAAUUUUAUAAUAUUGAUUUUUCAUUACAACAUCAAUUACGUCUUGCUGGUGCAAAUAUACCACCACCAAUACAAACAAUAAAUAGUAGUAAAGAUCCAAUUGCACGUAAAAUGCGUUUACGUAGAAGACGUGAACAUGAACAAGAAGCUGAUCAAGAUCAAGCUAAAAUAUUAAAAGGCAUGAAAGAUAUUGCUAUUGAAAAAAAUUUUAUGAAUCAUGAUGAUAUUAAUGAUAAUAAUAAUAAUAAUAAUGAUGAUGAUAAUAAUAAUGGUGAUCAACAACAACAACAACGACAUAUUAAUAAAUGUAAUGAAUCAUUAAAGCCAAAAAGAUGGGAUGAAACAUUAGAAAAACCAUCAUUAGAUUAUUCAGAAAUAUUUGAUGAUGAUGCUGGACAAAUACCUGGUUUAUCAAUAUGGGAAAUUGAAAAUUUUUUACCAAAUCAAAUUGAUGAAGUUGCACAUGGUAAAUUUUAUGAGGGUGAUUGUUAUAUUAUAUUAAAAACAAUAAUUGAUGAUAGUGGAUCAUUAGUAUGGUCAAUAUAUUUUUGGAUUGGUGAUAAAGCAACACUUGAUAAACGUGCAUGUGCAGCAAUACAUGCUGUUAAUUUACGUAAUUUUUUAGGUGCACAAUGUCGUACAAUAAGAGAAGAACAAGGUGAUGAAUCAGAUGAUUUUUUAAUAUUAUUUGAUACUGGUAUAACAUAUAUUGAAGGUGGUAGAACAUCAUCUGGUUUUUAUACAAUUGAAGAUACACCAAUUAUUAGAAGAUUAUAUCGUGUACAUGGUGCUGGUUCAUCAAUACAUUUAGAACCAGUUGAUGUUAAUAUUGAAUCAUUUGAUUGUGAUUAUGUAUUUGUAUUUGAUAUUGGAUAUAAAAUAUUUAUGUGGUAUGGUAAAUAUGCUAAAAAUACAUUAAAAUCAAAAUCAAGAUUAAUGGCUGAAAAAAUUAAUAAAAAUGAAAGAAAAAAUAAAGCUGAUAUUAUUAUGGAAAUAAUGGGUAAUGAAUCAGAUGAAUUUUUAAAUUUAUUAGGUUACAAUAAUAAUAAUAAUGAUAAUAAUGAUAAUGAUAAUACAACAACAAUGACAAGACCAAUUAUUAAAAAACAUGUUGAUGAAAAUUUUACACCAAUAGUACCACGUUUAUAUCAAGUUAGACUUGGUAUGGGUUAUUUAGAAUUACCACAAGUUGAAGUACCACAUGGUAAAUUAACAAAUACAUUAUUAAAUAAUCGUAAUGUAUAUAUACUUGAUUGUUAUUUAGAUUUAUUUGUAUGGUUUGGUAAAAAAUCAACACGUCUUGUUAGAGCUGCUGCUGUUAAAUUAUCACAAGAAUUAUUUAAUAUGAUUAAUAGACCAAAUUAUGCAAUGAUAACACGUUUACAAGAAGGUACUGAAUCACAAAUAUUUAAAUCAAAAUUUACUGGUUGGGAUGAAGUUAUUGCUGUUGAUUUUACACGUACUGCUGAAUCUGUUGCUAAAACUGGUGCUGAUUUAAAUAAAUGGGCUAAAAAACAAGAUACUAAAGCUGAUCUUGCUGCAUUAUUUAUGCCACGUCAACCACAAAUGUCAAAUAUUGAAGCACAACAAUUAAUGAAUGAAUGGAGUGAUGAUUUAGAAGUUAUGGAAGCAUUUGUAUUGGAAAAAAGAAAAUUUGUUAGAUUACCUGAAGAAGAAUUGGGACAUUUUUAUAGUGAAGAUUGUUAUGUAUUUUUAUGUAGAUAUUGGAUGCCAAUUGAUGUACCAGAUAAUAAUAAUGAUGAUAAUAAUGAUGAACAACAAUCACAACAACAACAACAACAACAAUAUGAAGAUGAUUUUCAAUGUAUUGUUUAUUUUUGGCAAGGUAGAGAUGCUGGUAAUAUGGGAUGGUUAACAUUUACAUUUAGUAUGCAAAAAAAAUUUAAAACAUUAUUUGGUGAAAAAUUAGAAGUUGUUAGAACACAUCAACAACAAGAAAAUUUAAAAUUUAUGGCACAUUUUAAAAGAAAAUUUAUUAUACGUCAAGGUAAAAGAAAACAAAUUAAAACAAUUGAUAAUUCAAAUAGAGUUGAAUUUUUUCAAUUAAGAAGUAAUGGUAGUGCAUUAUGUACACGUUUAAUACAAAUUAAACCAGAUGCAACAUUAUUAAAUUCAGCAUUUUGUUAUAUAUUAAAUGUACCAUUUAAUAAUGAUGAAGAAACUGGUAUUGUUUAUGUAUGGAUUGGAUCAAAAUCUGAACCUGAUGAUGCUCGUCUUAUACAAGAUAUUGCUGAAGAAAUGUUUAAUAAUCCAUGGAUUAGUCUUCAAGUUCUUAAUGAAGGUGAAGAACCUGAUAAUUUCUUUUGGGUUGGUAUUGGUGGUAAAAAAGAAUAUGAUAAACAUGCUGAUUUUAUGAAUUAUACAAGAUUAUUUCGUUGUUCAAAUGAAAAAGGUUAUUUUGUUAUCAGUGAAAAAUGUACUGAUUUUUGUCAGGAUGAUUUAGCUGAUGAUGAUAUUAUGAUAUUGGAUAAUGGUGAACAAGUUUUUCUCUGGCUUGGUGCUCGUUGUUCUGAAGUGGAAAUUAAAUUGGCUUACAAAUCAGCACAAGUUUAUAUUCAACAUUUACGAGUUAAACAACCAGAUAAACCAAGAAAAUUAUUUUUAACUGCAAAAGGUAAAGAAUCACGAAGAUUUACAAAAUGUUUUCAUGGCUGGGGUCAACAUAAAAAACCACCAGAAUAAUUUUAAAAAAUAGUUUUUAAAAAAAAAAUUAAAAAAACACAGAAAGUCUCUCCAAUAUAUACAAGAUCUUCCAAUAUUUUUUUUUUUUUUUCAUUA